GAUUUUGCAUUUCCGGGAAGGCUGCAUUGUUUUCAAUGGAGCAUUCCUCCCUAUCAGCUUUCAGCACACUGUUCUGGGAUCGCUAAUUACAGCCUUCCGGAACAGUGUGUAACAGAGAGGUACACACCCCCGCCCCAUAGUAAAACACUCCCCUCACACAAUUAACCCUUUGAUUAUCUCCAAAAGUUAACCCCUUCCUCCCCAGUGCCAUUAGUACAGUGUGAAGUGUUUUUUUUUUUUUUGCAUUGAUCACUGUAUUGGUGUCACUGGGGAUGUCCCCAGUGACCCCAAGUCAGUUCCCCCCCCAUGUCAGAAUGUCCGUGGCAGUCCCGC